AUGGCCAAGAUCAAGGCUUGGAACCUCCACGACAAGAAGAAGGAGGAGCUGCUGAAGCAGCUGGAUGACCUCAAAGUGGAGCUGUUGCAGCUGCGCAUUGCCAAGGUCACUGGCGGUGCAGGGUCCAAGCUGUCCAAGAUCCCCGUUGUCCGCAAGUCCUUCGCCUGGGACUACAUCAACCAGACCCAGAAGGAAAACCUCAGGAAGUUCUACAAGGGCAAGAAGCACGAGCCCCUGGACCUGUGGCUCAAGCAAACGCGUGCAAUGCAGCACCAUCUCAGCAAGCACUAG